UCCAACGAAACGACGGUUCGAGACUGAGACUCUCUGUCUAGGGUUUAUGAUUGGUCACCUCCCUUCUUUCCCUCCCUCUGCAACUCCAUUUCGUUGAACUCUGGGGUUAGGGUUGGGAUUUUCUUCCCUCUUCCCAGAUUUGCGUGUAUUGCUUGGAUCAGUAUAGGAUUCGACCGGAGGGACUCUAGCAGCGGCGACGGCGAUGGCAGCAAUAGCGGCAGCGGCGCCGGCGAAGAAGACGACGGAGAGCUACUUCGACACGAAGCGGAAGGACGAUGUGCGACACGCGAACAUCAUCGCUGCCCGAGCUGUGGCUGACGCCGUCCGCACCAGCCUCGGACCCAAGGGAAUGGACAAGAUGCUCUCCACCGCCUCCGGCGAGGUGAUCAUCACCAACGACGGUGCCACCAUCCUUAACAAGAUGGAGGUCCUCCAGCCCGCCGCCAAGAUGCUCGUCGACCUCUCCCGGUCCCAGGACUCCGCUGCCGGAGACGGCACCACUACUGUGGUCGUCAUUGCUGGAUCCCUCCUCAAGCACGCCCUAUCUCUCCUGGAACGUGGCGUGCACCCGACCGUCGUCUCUGAGUCCUUCCACCGUGCCGCCGAUAAGGCCGUUGAGAUCCUCUCCUCCAUGGCCAACCCCGUUAGCCUUGACGAACGACAGUCGCUCAUUAAGGCGGCAACCACCUCCCUCAACAGCAAGGUCGUCAGUCAGUACUCCGCCCUCCUCGCCCCCCUUGCCGUCGACUGCGUCCUGUCCGUUGUCGAUCCCGAAAAGCCCGACAUUGUUGAUCUCCGCGACAUUCGAAUCGUCAAGAAGCUCGGGGGAACCGUCGACGACACCGAGCUCAUUCGGGGCCUCGUCCUUGAUCACAAGGCCAGCCAUGCCGCUGGUGGUCCGACCAGGAUGGAGAAUGCGAAAAUCGCCGUUAUCCAGUUCCAGAUUUCACCACCGAAAACUGAUAUUGAGCAGAGCAUCGUCGUCUCCGAUUAUACUCAAAUGGACAGGAUUCUCAAGGAGGAGAGAAACUACAUUCUAGGUAUCAUUAAAAAGAUCAAAGCUACUGGUUGCAAUGUCUUGCUGAUCCAGAAGAGCAUCCUCCGCGACGCGGUCACCGAUCUCUCGCUGCACUACCUUGCCAAGGCCAAGAUUCUGGUUGUGAAGGACGUCGAGAGGGAUGAAAUCGAGUUUCUGACUAAGACCCUGAACUGUUUGCCCAUUGCCAAUAUCGAGCAUUUCCGUGAGGAAAAAUUGGGGUUCGCCGAACGGGUGGAGGAAAUUUCCGUUGGGGAAGGGAAGGUAGUGAAGAUAACGGGUAUCAAGAACAUGGGCAGGACUUCUUCUGUGCUGGUGAGGGGCUCUAACCAGUUGGUUCUCGAGGAGGCUGAUAGAAGCUUGCACGAUGCACUCUGUGUGGUCAGAUGCCUGGUGAACAAGCGGUUCUUGAUUGCAGGAGGCGGGGCGCCAGAAAUUGAGAUAUCGAGGCAGUUGGGUGCUUGGGCUAAGGUUCUCCAGGGAAUGGAGAGCUACUGUGUUCGGUCAUUUGCUGAAGCACUUGAGGUGAUUCCUUAUACUUUGGCGGAAAAUGCAGGUCUGAAUCCUAUUGGCAUUGUUACCGAGCUCAGGAACAGGCACGCCCAGGGUGAGAUCAAUGCUGGGAUCAAUGUCAGGAAGGGGCAGAUCACUGACAUUCUUGAGGAGAAUGUGGUUCAGCCAUUGCUCGUGAGCACAAGCGCCAUUACUCUUGCCACCGAGUGUGUUAGGAUGAUUUUGAAAAUCGAUGACAUUAUCACCGUCAGGUGAUGCUAUUCUAGUAGAGUUGUGAUUCCUUUCACUUCGGAAAGAAAGUCUUGAUCUUCUUUUAAUUAUUCUGCGUGGCGGUCCAAGGUACUGAUAAUUUUUGUAGCGUGUUUUUAACAGAUCAGUUGUAUCUUGUUAUGCUAUUACAGAUAGUACGUUUCCUGCAAGAUUGUGAUGCAACAAUUUUCAUGUUUGAAUUUGAUGGCUUGUUUGAUGGUUA